AUGACCACUUCACCAUCACCACAUUUUACCUUUGGGAACCCGACCUACAAAUACGAAGAUGAAGAGCCACUCGCCCUAACAAUCAGAUUAGGACAGUGUCAGGACAUAGAUCGUUGGCACAGUAGAAGGGAGUUUCUCAAGAGCUAUCAGUUUUCGUAUGCACGCUUGAGUCUGAAGGAAAAGAUGAAGAAGGGUGCUCGAAAGAUCGGUAUCAGGGUUUACAAGUUGACAUUAGAAUGGCCAAGUGUGUUUAUAUUAAGAUGUUAUGUGCCAAUUCCAUGCAUAGAUGAAGUACAUGACACACGUCAAGAUCAGAUGCAUGAUGAUCAUGAUGUGUUUCUUGAGCAUGUAUCACAAGGACUUAUGCAUCGCAAGAGUUUGAGGGUUUCUUAG